UACCAUGGCGCUAAUGAUUACAAAUGGCCGAACCUCGAUGUACUUACGCCGUCUAAAAGGACGAGUCGAGUGAUCGAUCGAUCCCUCUUCCCAAUAUCGCUUGAUUCGAUUUAGGUCUCUCGCGUUCGUGCCGUGCCACGAAAUUAUCCACGCGCUCUUUCUUCCUCCGAAGUACAAAUUUGGUGAAUCCAUACGCGGACACGUGCGCGAUCCUCGUGCCUCGAAUCGAAUAACGAAUUCGAAGAUAUCCCUUUUUUUGUUUUCCUCUAGAAAACGAUGCGCCGUCGCGAGAAACUGUCCUACGAUCUAAAAUGUCUCUUUAAUCCGUUCGAAGUGUGAAGGAUCGGACGAGGAUCGGGGCAAUCAUGACGAUGCAGAACAAAUCGACGCAAAGUGGGAUCGAAGUGGGCAAGAGCGUAAUGAUCAUAGAGAGAAAAAAGAAAUUGUCUAUUCCGAAAGAUCUUAAUUUGAUCACUUGUUGGAAUAUCAUGGGACCGGAAUUGGCCGAAGAAUUCGAAGAAGGUUACACGCAUAUCCCGUACAUCCUCGAUACGAAUGCAUACAAAAUCGGAUAUAUUUUCGUGCCGAUCGAGUCAAUGAUCGAGUGCCUUUGCGUAACCGAGGAGAUCGUCAAAGUUCUCGGUCCUCUCGACAAUUUCGUCGUAAAAAGCAAAACGAACGAAAAAUUUUUGGAUCUUGAAAACAACCUUUCGAAGAGGCAACCUGACUCGCCGAAUUUACGGAUGGUACUGUCCAAUAAAAAAAGAGAGAUCAUAUUCACUGGAUACGACUGUCAAUUUCUAGAUAUAUCCGUAGACAUGAUCGCCGAGGGUAAUAUAAUGAUCGAUCGAUCUUUGAACGCAGGCAAGUACGAGAUUUAUCGAUCGACUCGAGCUCUUUCCUUUGCUCGAUCUAUUUCUAAUGUUCAUCGUGUAGAUCUAGCCGAGGCAAAGUGGUUCGGUCUGAUCACGGGCGUAUUCACCACGAAAAGCUUCGAACUCUAUACCGCGAGAGAAGUGAAGACGAGAACGACGUAUAUCGGCGACGAUACGCACACCGUGCUCUUCAAAUACGAGAUUUGCGAGAUAAACGAGGAGGGACUCGUAACGAGGACGUCGUACAAAAGGAUAACGAUAAGAUGGACCUCGAUAAUGAAGGAACCGCAAGACUUGCUUCCCAUUCCGCAAUUCGUCUCUGGCAAUUCAAAUGACACUGAGUAAAAUAAAUGCGUAUUAUGAAUUAUGGAGUAUAAAGCAUCGGAACGUCGACGACACGGACGAGGACGUACACGUGG